UUCCCUCUCGCUCUCUUAUUUUGCAGGUUUAUACUCGAGCUGCUGCAGCUCUCGCCCCUAUCAGCUUUGUCAGCGGCCGAGUCGCUCGUUUUUUUCUCCGCACCGAGCAGCGAGUUUUAUUCGUGCGUGUGUGUGUGCGCGCGCGUUUCCCCAGCUCAUCCGAGUGCGUGCGAGAUCCGAGUGGUGCAGUUGUCCCAGGGAACCCCCCGAGAGAGCGCGCCCCAAAAUCGACGCCUUUGUCCAUUGUUCCGUCGACGUUGGAAUUGUUUUCGUUGAGUGACGGGCCGAUCGCGUAGCCGUACCAGCCGAUACAAUGGGAAAGGACGACGCCGAGACGACUGCGCUCAAAAAUGAGCUUAACGAGCUCAUCACCAAGUGCAAGGAUGAUCAAAAAAAGAUGCAAGAUACGACGAUCGAGGAUGCGUGCGGCAGCGUCGGCGACGCUCCGAAGGUCAAAAUGGUAACGAAAAAGAUGCUCAAAGGCCACAUCAACAAAGUAAACUCGGUCCACUUCAGCGGAGACAGCAGGCAUUGCGUGACGGGCUCGCUCGACGGCAAGCUCAUCAUCUGGGACACGUGGACCGGCAACAAGGUGCAGAUCAUCCCGCUGCGCUCGGCCUGGGUCAUGUCGGUGGCCUUCGCCCCGUCGGGCAACUUCGUCGCGUGCGGCGGCAUGGACAACAUGUGCACGGUCUACGACGUCAACAAUCGCGACGCCACCGGCUCGGCCAAGAUCACCCGCGAGCUGCUCGGCUACGAGGGCUUCCUCUCGUCUUGCCGAUUUCUCGACGACGGACACCUCAUCACCGGAUCCGGUGACAUGAAAAUCUGCAUUUGGGAUUUGGAAGCCAACAAGAAGACGACGGAUUUCUCGGGUCACGCCGGCGACGUCGUCAGCAUUAGCCUUGGACCAGAUGGCAAUAGCUAUUUGACCGGAUCCGUCGAUAAAACCUGCAAACUCUGGGAUCUUCGAGAGGAAGUCGCUCAUCAGACUUUCUUUGGUCACGAGGCCGACGUCAACUCCGUCUGCUUCCAUCCAUCCGGAAACGCAUUCGUCACAGCAUCGGAGGACAAAACCGCUCGACUCUGGGACAUUCGAGCCGACCAGCAGAUAGCGAGCUUCAAACCACCCAAUGGCAAUCCGGGCUUCACUUGCAGCGGUCUGUCGCUCAGUGGCCGCUUCAUCUUUUGUGGCACUGACGACAACAACAUCCACAUUUUCGAUACUCUCAAGAUCGCACACAAUUGCGUUUUACAAGGCCAUGAAAAUCGCGUGACAUCGUUGAGCGUUUCCGGCAACGGUAUGGCAAUGGUGAGCUGCUCCUGGGACCAGAACGUACGCGUUUGGGUGUAAAUCUUCAAUUGUAUCGCUUUAACAACUUCACGACGAGUCAAGAUGCUCACAAGUCAUAUUUAUGUUGAUUAUCGAUUAUAAUAAUUUAUAUAACGAAAAUAAUCAACGAGUUUCAUUUUAUUUACUAAAAAUCUUUGUGUACAUUAUUAUUUACAAGAUGUGUGCGAUUACGAAAACAUAAAAUACUUUUUAAAUAUUAGCUUCGCUUUUUCACAACGUAAAAGGUGCGUUAAUUCUCAAAUUCUUUUUAUUUUAGUAAGAGCAAUGGCUAUAAGUUUAUGCUAAAUAAUUUUAGAGGACAGUCAUAGGAUGAUGAAAAAAAUAAGCCCUGAAUUCCGAAGUAUGUACAUUUUUAUUAAUCGAAAAGAGAAAUAAGGUAAACGUAUUUCUGUUCUCUUUGCUAGCUGAAAUAUAAUACAAUAGAUUAAUAUGUUAUCGUGUGGCAUAAUAAAACUAAUAUUCUCGAGCAUUACAUUGUACACCAGUAAUAAUUUGUGAUCAAUCAAUAAAUAAAAAUAAUUAUUUCGAUUGAA